AUGGCUUCGGUACAACAAAAUUAUGACGAAGAUCUGAUAAUUUUGGAAGAGAAUAAUGAUAAUGCUAUAGUUCCUAACGAACAAAGCAGUCAUCGAGUUAUAUUGGAAAGCCAUUCAUUUAUUGAAACGGAAGGGGCUGCGGAUUUUAAUCAAGAAUCUGAGCAAUCACAUUAUCGAGUAUCACGCGUCAUUUUGAGUAGUGACGAAGAGGAUGAUGAUGAUAAUGUGAAUAAGAAACGUCGUCGUAGACCUUCUCAUAGCAAUGGCAAUGGAGGUCAUAUUUGUUUUGAAUUCAAAAGACUGAUGGUGAUGAAACGAGCAAUUGUUCCAUUUGUUUUGAAGCAUAUACAAUUUCAGGUUCUCACAGGCAAGCCUAGAAGAGUAGUAUGUUUGAAGUGUGGGCACUUGUUCGGGGAAUCGUGUAUUGAGAGAUGGAUUCGAACGGAAAGAGCUGCCAGAUGUCCGCAGUGUAAGGCCAAAGCACGACUUGUUGACAUACGCCGCUUAUAUGUACGGGCUAUAAAGGCACUUGACACAACAGAACUGGAAUGUUUAAAAGAGGCGAAUAGCGUAUACAAGGCUGAAAAUGAUAGUUUGCGUCUCGAAAAUCAGCGUUUAAAGGAAACAAUUGUAAAAGAAGAGAAAUGUAAUACAUACAAAGCUGAGAUUGAAAGAUUAAACUUUGAAAAUGCACAGUUGAGGGCAAUAAUAGCCCUUCAGGAGAAGCGUGAAAAUAAAUCGCAGAGAAUGCCUCUUGUUGCUAAAAUGGUAAAAGGUGCUUAUUUUUCAUUGCUAACUGGGCCAGUUAUUCAUUUAUCAUCGGAACCAGGUUCUCGAUCGAUAGAUACAAAUGGCGACUGUCUUGUGGUAGCUUGUAAAAUCACAGCUGAUCGUCGUGAACACACUGUGAUUCCAGUCCAUAAUAGGAAACCGCGAUGCUGCAGAUUCUCACCUUUUAAUCCUGAAAUAGUGAUAUCGACUGGAGAAGACAAUACACUUUGUGUUACGAGCUUCAGUAGUCUUCCAAGAGUCCAACAUCGCAUUCCCCUACCUGCUUCCGGUUGGUGUUGUUGCUGGUUGAGCGAGGAUGAUGUGGCAGUUGGUCUAAUUAAUGGUAGGGUUUUAAAAUUCAAUCUCAAAGAUCCAGCAAUUGAACCGUUUGAUAUAACUUGCAACAAUGGCCGUUUACCUAUCAUAAAUUUACAGUUUUGUGUAAGACGAUCUUCACUUUUCGUUACGUCGUUGAAAGAAUGUGUGCUCUAUCAUCAUAUGCAACCACACGUUUUGAUAUCUGAUGAGGGUUCUAUAAAUUCGUUUUGCUAUGAUGAAGAAAGUAGCAAUGUGAUGGUAACAUUUGCUCCAAGUCAGCAUCAUGAAACAGUGACUCAUACUUUAUACUCUUUGGAUAUAGAUAGCGAGCAGAAAGAACUGCGUUAUAUGCAUGCCUACAAAAGUUUUUCAAAAAAACUUACACGUGUAAUCAGAAGUGCAUUUUGGACUACGUCUCACGGCCAACUUUCCGCUGUUUAUGAUGAGUCUAAUUCGCAUGUGGUUCUUUAUGACUGGAUGCGCAAAUGUCCGGCGGUUGUGAAACGUAUUAACGAUAUGGUUGUUGAUAUCAAAGAAAUUGUAUCGAGUGAUGUGCAAGAUUUUCAAUUGGGGUGCUUAAGUGAAACGGCAAUUUACUUCCUGGAAGCACGAUAUUAA